AGAGUUUAAAAUGCCAACACAAAGAAAGCAGAAGGUAACGGACAUCUGGCCUAAAUGAGUGAAAUCCGGUGGAAUUUCCGUCAGCAACGGAGCAAUCCCGGAAGUGGAACGUCAACGAUAUAGACUAACACUCAGACAACCUGGGGCCUGGGCCAGGGUUUGGUUCCCUAAGCAGUUUUGCUCCUUUUGCUCACUUUGCAACUUUGGUAGUCCAGCCUUAAGUAAAAACACAGACCAGCAGCCAGCAGCAACUGUUCUUACCAUUUGACAAAAAAAAAAAAAUCAGUUACACCAACUGUCUCUUAACCAGCUAAGCGAAUGACAAAGUUGACCUUUUAUGAACAAACUCAAGGUGGUGGACUUUAAACAGAGGCGGAGGGACAGGUGACGCAGACCACAGGGAACUCUCUUCUUCCUGGAAAGAAACCAAGCAACUGCAAAAAUGGCUAAAUUCUUCACACCAGUUCAAAUCAAUGAGUUGAAGGAGUGCUUCUCCCUGUAUGACAAGAAGCAAAAGGGCAAGAUAGUUGCCAAAGACCUGAUCACAGUUAUGCGCUGCCUGGGUACAAGCCCCACGUUUGGUGAAAUUGAAAGACAUCUGCAAGUUCACAAAAUCGAAAAGACAGGUGAGCUGGACUUCUCUACGUUUCUGAUGAUGAUGCACAGACAGAUGCAACAGGAAGACCCCAAGACGGAAAUCCUGGAGGCCUUGAGGAUGACGGACAAACAGAAGAAAGGAUACAUCCAGGCAUCUGAGCUCCGGGCCAAGCUCACCAUGUUGGGAGAGAAACUAACAAACAAAGAAGUGGAUGAUCUCUUCAAAGAGGCAAAUGUCAAGUCAGACGGGACUAUCAACUACGAAGAGUUCACCCAGAUGGUGACGCUACCACCUGUGGAUUAUUGAUUUUUCAUCCAUGUUGGGGUACUGGCUUUACAUACACUGAACUUCAGAAAUCACAAACUGUAUUAAAUCUACGUGAUGUUGGCAGACUAUUCUCUGAGUUUUAAAUUAAAUGCAGAACCUGUUCCCAUAGCUUUCCUCUAUGACUGCACAUUGUGAAGCGCUGUCAUUAUACCGUAUUGUAAUGAACACUAUAUGAUUUUGCAUGUUAUUCUUUAACGGGAUCACACUUGAAAAGCAAGACAUUUUUCGUCAAGCCUGACCCCUCCACCCAAACAAAUGUAAUGUCCAGUUUGACAUUUUGUGUAUGUAUUUCUGCAUGCGAUAUAUUAAAUCUAUAAAAAAGUAG